CAGACACUGUAACAAGAACAGAGUCGAAACAGCCCAAAAUUGCAUCUUUGAUCAGAUCAAUCACAAAUUAAAUGGUCUGGGGCUGCUGACUGCUACAUGCGCACCUCCUCUACCAAAUUCAAACUGAUGAAACAAAAGAAAUGCUUUGCUCCAAUCUGUUCGUCCUUCUCUCUUCCAUUCUACUAUGCCCGAAUCUCUGCACUGCCCAACCCACCACCUUCAGAUACCGCUUCUGUUUGGGAGGAAAUUACACUAGGAACAGCACAUAUCAGGCCAACCUUAACCUUCUCCUCACUUCCAUAUCCUCUAAUGUUUCAGUCGACAACAGAUUCAAUACUGCCACUGCCGGCCAGAAUCCUGAUAGAGUCAAUGGUCUCUUUUUAUGCAAAGGGGAUGUCACCCCUGAACAAUGUCGAAACUGCAUUACGGUCGCAACUGGGGAUGUCCCACAACGUUGUCCUACCAGCAAAGAGGCAAUUUUAUGGUAUGAUGACUGUAUGUUGCGCUACUCUAACCGAUCCAUCUUCUCAACCAUGGAGGAAACUCCAACUACUUAUCUAUGGAAUGUCAACAAUGUAACUAACCCAGACGAGUUUAGCCGGAUAUUGGGAGGUCUCAUAAACGGUAUCGUGAGACAGGCUGCCUUCGGCUCCUCUACGGCCAUGUUCGCGACCGGAGAAGCAAAAUUCAUAGUCUUUCAGAGUAUAUACGGACUAGCACAGUGCACUCCCGAUAUAUCAGAAAAUGACUGCAAUAGAUGCCUUGAAGGGGCUGUCGGUUAUAUUCCGAUAUGUUGCGACGGGAAACAAGGUGGAAGAGUUCUCAGGCCGAGUUGCAACAUUAGGUUCGAGAUCUACCCUUUCUAUCAGUUAAAUAUUACUGCAUCACCGCCACCACCACCACCUUCUUUACCUCUUACACCGUCAGCACCAACGAACACAACAACCACAGAAGGGAAGGGAGGAAGAAUUGUUUUUUAUGUUAUGCCAUCAAUUACAGCUGUUAUAAUUCUCAUCUUCAUCUGUUUUUGUUUACUUAAGAGGAAGCAGAAGAAAAAAGUUGAGGAAGAUGGAAAUCAGAUUAGAAGUGCUGAAGAUGUGGAUCAGAUUUCAAGUGUGGAAUCCUUGCAGUUCAACUUUGAGAAACUAAGAGCUGCCACAAACAACUUCUCUGAGUCUAAUAAGCUCGGACAAGGUGGAUUUGGUUCAGUUUAUAAGGGUAAGCUUUUGGAUGGACAAGACGUGGCUGUGAAAAGGCUCUGUAGAAAUUCUGGACAAGGUGAACUAGAAUUUAAAAAUGAGGUUCUACUAUUGGCGAAGUUACAACACAGAAAUCUUGUAAGGCUCCUAGGUUUCUGCAUAGAAGGAGAAGAAAAGCUGCUAAUCUAUGAAUUUGUGCCAAAUACAAGCCUCAAUCACUUCCUAUUUGAUCCAAUCAAACGUGCAGAACUGGAUUGGGGAACACGAUAUAAGAUUAUAGAAGGAAUUGCUCGAGGGCUUCUUUAUCUUCAUGAAGAUUCUAGACUGAGGAUUAUUCAUCGGGAUCUCAAAGCUAGCAAUAUUUUAUUAGACAGGGUGAUGAAUCCCAAAAUUUCAGAUUUUGGCAUGGCAAGGCUCUUUGUACAGGACCAAACUCAUGCCAACACAAAUAGAAUUGUUGGGACAUUUGGAUAUAUGGCUCCAGAAUAUGCAAUGCGGGGGCAGUUUUCAGUUAAGUCAGAUGUCUUCAGUUUUGGUAUCCUACUUCUAGAAAUUGUGAGUGGGAAGAAGAACACUGAAUUCUGUCAGCAAGAUGGCACUGGGGACCUUGUUAGAUAUGCAUGGAGACACUGGACGGAAGGGACAGCAAUAAAUUUGGUUGAUCCAGCUCUUGGUGAUGGUUAUUCAAGAGAGGAGGUCUUGAGAUGUAUUCAGAUUGGGUUGUUAUGUGUACAAGAACAUGUGACUAAUAGGCCGACCAUGGCGUCAGUAGUUCUAAUGCUUAGUAGCUCCUCUGCCACUCUCAAUCCGUUAUCUUCACCUACCUUCUCUGUGCCUAGCAGAAUGAAGCCUUAUAAUUAUAGGCCUCCCAGAGGGUAUGAUUCAUCUACAUCCGAGUCAAGACAGUCCACAAGUGAAUCGAAACCAUUGUCUGUAAAUGAAGCAUCAAUUACCGAGUUAUCUCCACGAUAAUGCAGGUAUGAUAUGAUGGUGUUGUCAUUGACAUUCUAUUUCAGCAAUUCAGUGCAAUUUGGGAUCUAAGAAAAUCAUGUGAAUUGAUACCAUAUUAUUUAGACCUGUCUAUUAGAUGAAAAUACUUUAAUGAAAGAGGUGAUAUGACCAUAGAAAUUACA